UAAUUCUAAGCUACAAAAAAGAUUUUCUUUUGUUUUUGUAAAAAACAAAAAAUAGAGAGAAUACAAUGAGGAAGUAUAACUUCGGAGGCCAAAUGUUUCUGUUAUUAGUUGUUCGUUUUCUGUUUUCAAAACAUGUGUCUGAGGCAUCAAGAGUCAAUCUCCCUCUUCCUGAUCACAAAGAAAAGCGAAAUUGCACAUAUGCAAUUACAGUAGAAACGACAUGUACAAUGGGUGCCGAGACCUCCAACCAUGUCAGUAUAAGAUUUGGCGACUCAAGUUCAAAUGACAUUCUGGUGCAUAGCCUCAACUCAAAGCAAGUUAAAAGGCUUGAUCCACUAGAGCCACAGGUUCUUGAUGAAGUGCCAAUAAAACCAUUUCAAGUUUGUACAAUAGACCAAAUGGAACACACAAGCCAAUGUGUGGAUUCCCCCGUAUGUUACUUAUACCUAAAAUUGUCAGGAAAAGAUGAUUGGCGUCCUGGUUUUGCACAAAUCCGAGUGCUAGAGAGCCCACAUCUUAGUUCAAGUUACUUCUAUUUUCGAAGAUAUCUGCCAAGAAACGUAUGGCAUGGUAUUGAUCUUUGUCACACAAAGGUUACCCCUUUUGGAUUAAAAUACAAAAGAAAAGUGUUCGGCUAGUAGUCUUGGAUCCAUCCAUGUCAUUGCGGAACAAACUUACGAAUGCAUGCAUGUUUUAAGUAGACUUGUAUCAUGCAAGUUAGUGCAAUUUUGAGUUUCAACUUAACUCAAAGUACUACGUUAAAUUCUAGUAUAUAAUAUAUAAAAUUUGUUAUCUAAGU